CUCUCCAAUGACCCGUUCACGAUGUCGUGAAGAUCAACACGAAUGUGAUAAGAAAUGCAUCCCAGGAAAUAAGACCUGUGAUGGGAUUAAUGAUUGUAUUGAUUUAUCCGAUGAAAAUAUGUGCCAAGGUAAUCAAAGUUCAGAGUAAUAUUCAUCAUACUAUAGAAAAUCAUGUGUGACACUGUGUGUGUGUGUGUGGGGGGGGGGGGGAGAAGGAGGUUUAUGACCAAUCAGCCUAAUUAGAAAACUUGAAGGGAAGCAACCGAAAGCUCAACAUCUGUAUAGGCCGACUAUUUUAAGCAUUCUGAACGGGAAAUGUCCAGGAAAUUAGCAGAGGUUUCCUUCUCAUCUUAGAAACCGUACAGAUGGGAACCUCUGCUCGCACGGUACCAAACUGCAGAAAUGUCCUAAAAUCAACGCGUUCUUCUUGAUUUUGUAGAAUACAUCCUGUAUUGUUCACAAAAUAGCAUAAACAAGUUAAAUCUGCAGGAUUACACUUCAAGAGUUCUGAUCGAUGAAUUACAAAAUGCUGUCGCCAUGGACAUUGACAUUCAACAAGGGAUGGUCUACUGGACUGAUAUACAUCAUGAUAGCAUACACCGAGCUAAGAUUGGGGCACAUAACUAUUCCUUUGAAAUUGUGACACAGUUUAAUUUGGAAAGUCCUGAAGGAAUAGCAGUUGAUUGGAUUGGGAGAAAGUUAUAUUGGACAGAUGGAACUCCAGGAAAGAUUGAAGUCUCGGAACUGGACGGAAGAAAUCGUGCUGUGUUGAUCAGUGAAAAUGUACAAAGACCAAGAGCUAUUGUUGUUCAUCCUGAAUACAGGUAGACAUUUGCACAUGAUUUUGUUUCGCAUGGUGAAAUCACUGUGAAGGGGGGAUAUACAUCUUACGUUUGAAGGGCAUACCUAUUAAAUGAUGGGUCAUAUACCUGUGGUUGACAAAUAAUAUAACGUGUGCUAGCAUUUAUCUGUUUAAGCUUAUAGAGGAUAUUGAAAAUGUAUUUCAUUUCAUAACUACAUAUUACAAGAACGUUUGCAUAAAAAACAAAGUUGAAAAACUUUUUGAAGUAGCCUUUGGAUUAGAAUUAUUACAAAAAGGAGAUAGUAAUUUAAAAUGAUAUCCGAAAAAAGUCUUGUUAUCAUGACUUUAACAUGCUGCCAUGAUUUAUCUUUUGAGAUUGCUAUUUUGGACUAAGUGGGGAAAAGGCGCACAAAUUGAGCGAUGUGGGAUGAACGGAGAUUCUGAAACACGCCAAGUUUUAGUAAGUAAUAAUAUCAACUGGCCAAAUGGUUUGACCAUUGAUUACCAAACAGAACGUCUGUGGUGGGUGGAUGCAAAAAUGGCAAGAAUUGAAAGUAUGAAUUUCGAUGGAACUGACAGAAGAACACAGAUAAAUGGAACGAAUGGAGAACUAGGUCAUCCAUUCUCCUUGGCUGUGUUUGGUCAGAGUAUAUUUUGGACUGACUGGGGACAGAAAUUGAUUUAUCGGACAACAAAGAAAGAUUCUAGUAGAAGAAUAACUGUUGUUAAACGUUUACAAAACUUUUCACCGAUGGAUAUAAAGAUUGUACAUCCACAUCAACAACUAAAAGGUAGCCUAUAACUUUGUUUAUAUUAAUGACAUUUAAUGUAUUCAUUAAGAUCAUGUUCCAUUACGGUCGCUUUGCCCACGCGAGACGAGCGACCUAUGGAAGCCACGUCACGUGUACUCGCGAAGAAAGUUGAAUGUAGUUGCAGUGUAAACACGGCUAUACACACUUCCUGGUGUGCAAGAAUGGAUAUGGGUGAGGGCCGGGUGUGCUUAUCAAGCUUUGUGCGACCGUUGACUAAGUAUGUAAUCACUAUAAAGGCGUUACGGCAACCAGGCGCUAGUCUGUACCCAAGUAUAGGAAAUCCCCCCCUCUCCUAGGCUAGGAGGUGCAUAAACCCCUGCAUCCCCCCAAAUUAAUUCCUGCUAGUGUACUGUACUGUAUAGCCCUGAAACAGCAAGUCUAUGAAAGAAUGAUGAAGCGUAAUUGGAAAGUUUAUUCCACUUGCGGACUCAAAUUCUGUCGGCCCUGCUUUAGUUUCCCGGAUACCUUUGUUGUCCCCUGAAAAUAAGAUGCUGUUUUAAAAAUAUUGUUGGCCCUGUAUCGAUCGUAACACCCACGCACAGUAGACACCAAUCAGACUAGACACUAGCGUUAGGUGGUAUCACAACCAUCUGGUUCGUCUCUCAUUGAUUAGAGAGGUUAAAAUACCCCGGUUUACUGGUACGAGUAUCGCCAUUUUGUUUACCAAUUUUAGCUGAUGUCAGCAUUUUUACCCGUAAUUUCUACUCGUUUCCCCGCAGAAAACCAUGGUCUACACGUAAAAGACAACGGAUACGGGUGUUUUCUGUUUACUAUUUGUUGGUCGUUCAAAUAGUAAAAAACUUCAACAUCUUACCCAAAUAAAUAAUGCACAUAUCCUCGUCAAAGUUUUCAACAAUCUAUGGCGAACCUGAACAACGAAAGUUAAUACCAUUCUAUGACGGUUUUCUUACGCUUGGGUUUCUUGAGUUACAAGUCGUUCCCCGAUUUAUGGAUACGGGUACGUGUAUAGCACCCGUACGCGUAAACCGGGGUAUCUUAACCUCUCUAAUUUCAUUCCGGUGAGUUCCCAGGCACUAUGAACUGCCCCUAACAUAAAAAAGAUUCUCAAAAGGCUGCCCUAAUGCGUGUAGAAGUGUGAAAGAAACCCUGCAAAGUAUUAUAUUUCGGACAUAGUGAUGAUCAAAUCAUGUUUUUUUUGUAGAAUUAAAUCCUUGUGGCUUAAAUAAUGGCCAAUGCAGUCAUCUUUGUCUGUUGUCCCCAAACCAGGAUCAACAAUAUUCUUGUUUCUGUCCCACUGGUUUGAAAUUAUGGAAAGACAAAAGAACUUGCACAAUAGAAGGUAUAAUAUAACUGUCCCGAUAUUAAUGUAAAUAUCCCGUUUAUAUCUAAUAAGGUUAGGUAGGAUUACUGUUAGGAAAAGAGUAAGAUUAGAGUUGGGAUUUAUCAGGACUGCAAACAUUAGGAAUAGUGUAAGUGAAAGAAAUACCCGUGUUCAAUGUCCAAGGUAGCUCGAUACAGUUUUCUUUUUAAAUGGGUGAGCCACCUUUUAAAUUGUGGUUGUUAAUAUGGAAAUGACCCACGUUGGGUUUUAAUUUCAGUUUCUAGGAAGCGUUCCCUGUAGUUUUGAGUUUACAGUAAUUGGAAGUAAUUUUUGUUCAUUACGUCCUGAACGUCCAUAGUCGGGAAGUUUCUAAUCGCAAUGUAUUGUGGUUGGACUGACGUUUCAAUUGUGCUAUAUUGAAUGUAUGUCGAUCAAACGACAGUUACUUUGGCAUUUAAAAACCAUAUUGAAGCCGGGAAGAGGAAAUUGGAAAGCGUGCAAAUGCAAAGUCUGCAAAGAAUCUGGUAAGAAAAGCUACAAAGUAAGAGACGCCGAAAAUUUCAACAAUAACAGGGAUCUAUAAAUUAUUUUCCCUUGUGCGGUCCACCAUAUCUGCUUAAUUCAAUGCAAACUUUGCACUCAAACUAUUUUUCAUGUACUCCUUGCGGCUGUAAUAUUGAUUUUGAGUUGAAACCACAACUGCGCAUAAUCUUGAAAUUGAUUUUUGAUUAUUUGACUUAAUUUGAUUGUAGACAGCCCGCCAUACAUUUUGUUCGCCAAUAGUGCUGGAAUGUUUUACUCGGACGUGGAUUUGCGACACAUCAGUCCAGUUUUGGCGGGAAUUGCUGGAAUUGCUGCAGCGAUUGAUGUUGAUCUCAAAAAUAAAUAUUUAUACUGGUCUAAUGUGAUUACCGAUACCAUAGAACGUGUUUCGUUAAGUCAUAUUGGUGCUGUUGAAACUAUUAUUAAAGAUCAUUUGGAGUCAGUCGAUGGGAUCGCUUAUGAUUGGAUCAAUCGGAAGUUAUAUUGGACUGAUGGCAGAAGAAGAGUUAUUGAAGUAGCUGACCCUGAAGAACAAAACUCAAGAUUGACUUUGAUUGAUGAAGGUCUCAACAAACCUAGAGCGAUUGUUUUGCAUCCUAAAACAAGGUAAGAGUUGUUAGAAAAGAAAGAUAAUUACGUUGAUCAAAUAGAAAAGAAUUUUUGCAAUGAGUGUUAUUGUGCUUCUCCAUUUUUCACUUCCAACACAUGCGGUUUCAUGAAAAAAUCGUGGAAUCGUCUUCAUAAUCGUAUUGUUAUAGAUACCAACUUCCCGCACUAAAUGGCACAUCAAAUGUGGAGUUGUUGCUACAACGCUACAAUUUGAAAAUAAUUGUUGCACAAUGGACUUCGUCCCAUUGAUUAACAAUGAGACAAUACGAAGACAAUAAGUCCAAUACCAAAAAAGUCUUCAUAUUCAUUUUCCAUGUAAAAUAUUGUUGUUCCUAUAGAUACAUGUAUUGGACUGACUGGGGUGUAAAUGCUCAGAUUGAAAGAUGUGGCAUGAAUGGUAAUUUAACGACACGAGAAACAGUCGUGCAAGGGAUGCUUGGUUUUCCCAAUGGGCUGGCAAUUGAUUAUAAAGAAGAGAAACUAUGGUGGGCGGACGCCAUGUUGGAUAAGAUUGAAACAUCAAAUUUGGACGGUUCAUUAAGACGAAUAGUGUUGGCAGAGGAAUCAAUUCAUCCAUUUGGUUUGAUUGUUUACAACAAUUCAAUAUUAUGGACUGAUUGGGUGGAUAAUAUGAUCGUUAAAGCUGAUAAAUUAGCUGGGCAGAUAUAUUUCUCAAAGGAUGUUGGAUCGUUUCGACCAACUGGAAUCAGAGUAGUUCAUGAGCAGAUGUACCCUAGAGGUAUGUGUUAUAAAAUAAGGCCCCGUUUACAUGAGACUGGGUCCCCGGGACGAAGUUAAACCGAUUCCCCUUGCCCGCCAUUUUCUUUCUUUCAGUGCUUUUGUGAGCAUGCAUUGUUCCGAAGCCUCUGAAGAAAGUCAGUUUGGUCCAGCGAGCAGGACGACUUCAGACCGGUCUGAGCAAUUUUUCGUCCCAGUCUCAUGAAAAUACCCAUUAUAAAUAACACUACGAUCCCACCAAAAUGAAAUCAUCCCGCAUUGAAAAAUUUGUGAUUUUCGCACUGGUCUCGUGUACACAUGCUUUUAUCUCGGUUUGACUCGGUUUGACUUCGUUAUCUCGGUUUGACUUCGGAGAGCAUUUAAUCCCGCAUGCAUCCGUAAUUCAUGCAUAGUACAAACCUGAAUUACACCUGAUAUCUUUAUUUCAGAAAUUAAUCCUUGUGGAAGAAAGAAAAAAGGUUGCAGUAAUCUAUGUCUACUGAAUCCUAAACCUCCAUAUUACAGUUGUCAUUGUCCUAAUGGAAUGUUGCUUCUACCUGAUAGAAAAUCUUGUCGAUAUAAAGGAUUCUUGGGUUAAAUAUUUAAGUAUAACUACAUGGGGUAAUAUUUACGCGCCUUGGAACUAAUACUCAUAUAUCCAAGAAACAGUACAAGAGUAUUAGCUAGUCUACAAGUAUUCAAAUUAAAAAUUUAAAUAGACAUCGACCAUACAUUAGAUCAAUAAUGUUAUCAUAGCAUAAUGUAAUCAAGUAUACGAGAGUAGCAAUAGGACGUUAUAGUUCUGUGUUAUUUCUUGAUUAGAUAUUUAGGUUUUACAACUCACUGAAAGAUCUCCAAUUACUUACGAAUAUUACCACACAUUUAAGCUAAGAAAGGAUAACACUGAUAACCAACUUACCAACGAUAGAUAAUUCGGGUGAUGCAUAUAUAUGUACGACCAAAAGCAGAAUCUUAAGGCUAUGUAAAUGUAAUAUUGUAGAUUUUAUUAUACAGUACAUUAUCGGUCAUGAAUAAUUUGAUGAAGUAAAGACUCAACUAAACUCAGUAGUGACUAAAGCAAACUGAUUUCUCGUUCAGGUCACAUGUCUGGCAUGUAUGUAUUCAAUGUCAAACAACUUCACUGAUCUUAUUGCUUUCAAUGAAACACGCCUCGAUCCAAGUGUAACUAUUGGUAUGAUUCACCUGAACGAUUAUGAUAUUAUUAGAAAAAACAAGUCAAGAAAUGGGGGUGGAGUUUGUAUCUACUUGCGUAGCUCCAGCCUCCGUCAACUACAUUAUAAGUUAAGAUCUGAUUUCCUCUGAAUUAUAGGUUGUUUGUAUAGAAAUUAUUAAGCUACAUAGCAGACCAUCUCUUGUUACAACAGUUUAUAGACCACCUAAUGCAU